GGCUGGAGGAGGGAGAGGGGCCGCAGAGAGCAGAGAAGUUACCAACUGCCUGGGACUAUUUUCUUGUGUAAAACCUUUGUUUGUAUUGAUUCACUGUAAAUAUUAGUUCAGUCAGCUUUGGUGGAGGUAUCUGCAUGGAGUAAAAGCACUGCAGGUUUUUUUUCUUGAUUACAUUCAUCUGCAGCAUCGUUAUCAUCGUGUGCCUGAUUGACCCACAGUCGUUUUAUUCCUGUGGGAUCAUGUGGAUUAUUUUGGCGAUUAUGGUGGCAGCAGCGGCUGCUGAUGGGAGAUUGGGAUGUCAACUGCCCCGUGAAUGGAGACCUCAGACAGAAGCGUGCCGUGCGGAGAUGGCACAGAUCAUAGUGUUUGCCAAGGUGUUGGAACUGCACAAGGAGUUUUACAAUGUGUAUGAUAACUACCUGCCGUCCGAAAACGAGCAUCUUUUCUCCGCGGAGAUUGAGCUGCUGUGCGACCAGGCGUGGGGCAGCAUGCUGGAGGUCCCUGCUGGAUCCAGGUUCAAUGUUACUGGCCUGGGCUACUUCACCUGCUUCUCCUACAGUGUCACCAAAAACAACAACUACUACUUCUUUCUAAGGAUGGAUGAAAACUACAACAUCAUUCCUCAUGGAGUAAACUUCCAGGACCCCAUAUUCCCCGACACAGCAGAGAACCACCGCAUGUUUGCCAGCCUCUUCCAGUUCGCCAACUGCACGUCCGGUACUCAGGUCCACAGCUUCACCCCGGAGUAUGAGGCCCAGGAGGACAGCCGGCUGUUGUGCUCUGCCGUGCAGAAGGCUCUGUUUGAGGAGGAGGAGAAGGCCUGGGUUCUCUCCCAGAAGGUGCGCUCCUUGGAGAAAGCGAACGACCACCUGAGGGAAAAGGUGAAGACCAUGAAACGUCUGCUACGCCAGGCCCAGCGGGCAACAACCAAGGAGCAGCAGACCCUCAGCCUCAAACAGCUCUACGGGUCAAAGACGUCCCAAACUCACCCCGACCAGGACACUGCUAGGGACCAGCCACUAAAAAAGGUCAUCUCCACCAAAAAACAGUACAAUUGACAUUGACAAAGACAGAGCACUUCAUUACAUUCUUUAUAUCUUUAACAUUAUUAAUGUGCUCAUUCAAAAGGAACAAUCCAGAUUAAGGUCCUGUUAUAUGUUCAGUUGUAUUUCCCGUCUGUCACCUACAAACAGAGGAGAAUAUCCAUGUCUAAAUGUGUGUGUGUGUGUGUGUGUGUGCUUUCACUUGACCUGUUUUAUGGAAUUAAAUAAGGGAUUAAGGAUUUAAAUGGCUUCAUAGGAGUAAGAGUUCUUCAUGUAAUUCUCCUCAACUCUUAAUUCUUAUUCUACCUGUCUGUCCAAUAUCAUUAUGUUGUCUGAAUUAUUUACUUUCUAUGUUAACCCCGCAACUUUUGCCUUUUUGGGCCUUUUUAUUAGUUCCAUUCAGUGGCAGCACAAUAUCUUUCCAAUCAUUGGACAGAGCGCUCAGCUAGCAGCUGCACUUUAAGUGGACAAUGUCAAAGCAUUGAUACAUUUAAUAUCUUGUUUGAUUCUGUGCUGGACACACUAUGCAUUGUACACAUGUUAGAAUUAGUAUCAUAAUUCAGAAAUAGUAUCAUCAAAAUGCUCCAACUCAAGCUCUUUAUACAGUAUAUCACCUUGUUCUCAUCAAACUCUUUUGACCAGAACAAGGUGAUAUAAACAUCCAUUUGUUCAUUAUGCUACGAUGAUUUCAUAUCACGAACACGAGUGUUUAUAUGAGUUACAGAGUAGCAGAUGUGCCAAAGUUUAAAAAGCUGCAAGACCAAACAUUACGUCACAUCAUUAUUUUCGACCUGCUUUUAAUUUCUUUGUAUCUAUUCAUACGCAGGAAACUAUCCCAAAGUGUAUGCUUCUCAACAUUCAGUUAAUUAUUUCUAAGAGUGCCUUUUCCACAAGUUAUUCAAUCACAUCCCACUUAAGGAAAGUGUAUAUGUAUUUGAAAACAGGGUGCUGAGCACUCAUUUAGAUCAGCCAGUGAGCCUGGUACAGGGUUGGCUUUGAAAGUUUUGCUUAUCUUAUUAUACUUUGUGUAGUUACUUUAUUAUAACUUCUGCUCUCUCUAAGCAGCAGACAUAUGGUUUGCUUUGCCAAUAGCAUCCUUAUUUCUGUAACAGUGUUUGCAGUUUUUAAAUAAAUAAAUGAACUUUUAUUAAA